AUGGAUGCAAAUACUGAAACAACAUCAAUUCCUCAAUAUGAGACGACAGUUUUCACUCUAAAACCGGACAAUUUUGGUCCAAACAGGGCAACUUUAUUGCAUGCUCGAACAACGAAAAAAAGUAAUCUAUACAAAGCUGUUCUCUAUUUGCAUGGUUACAAUGAUUAUUUCUUCCAAGAUCAUGUAUGUAAUCGAUUUUUGGACUUUGGCUAUGAUUUUUUUGCACUUGAUAUGCACAAAUGUGGUCGGUCAAUAAUUUCACCUGAACAAGAUCAAUAUAGGCAUUAUUGUACGGAUAUGCACGAGUACGAUGAAGAAAUUUCACUUUCCAUUGAACAUAUGAACAAACAAGCAGAAGAAUAUGCUAACAAAAAGUUCGCACUUAUUGGCCAUUCCACAGUUGAUCUUGUACUUAAUGUUGAAAACAUUCGACGAGCAGCUGGUAUGCUCGGUCAACAUGUGACACUCUGUCCAAUAGAAAAAGCAACUCAUGAUGUAUUUCUAUCGAAAAAACCCGUCCGUGAACAAGCAUUCAAAUGCAUGUUUCAAUGGCUUGAAAAUCUUGAACGCGAAUGGAUUAAAGAUGUUUGA